GUUCUUGCAAACUCACAUGGCCCAUUAUACAGGAUUUGAUGAUACAUGUGACCAAAGUGCCCUUCUUUGAAUAAUUGCAAAUAUGGACUCAUUUCCACAGCUUAUAAAAGCAUCCGCAGACAAACUAAGAACAGAGGUGAGAAACCCAUGGGCUCACGUGAAUUUCACAGAAUGGGACACAGUAAAGUACCAGACUUGCUUUCAGCUGAUGACUCAAGUUAUCAAGAACAUGGCAAUGCCCCGUCCCCAAGAAAUAGCAAUUCUUGAUCAGCUUACAAACUGGGAAUCAAACGGUAUGCAGUUACUAAAGGGAACCACGAUUGGGCUAGAAUUGCUUGAGCGCAUUACAGAGAAAACUAAGGCUCUGGCAACAUAUAUCAGGGGAAUGGGAAUGAUAAGUGAUGACAAUUUUGAGACCAGCAGAAAUGCUAUAGACAAAAUUUCACUUUUGUUGGUUUCGUCUGUGCAAGAACUAAAACAAAAAAAUGCUGAACUGGAAUCUAGAGCAGAUAAACAAGAGACAAUAAUGCAACAAUUAUCAACGGAUGUUGAUGAUGUUAAAUCUGCAGUCGCGCAGUCCGAUGACAAAAUACAUCAAAUGCGACAACAGUUUGAUGUAGUUACAAAAGAAUCAGAAGAUACGAAGAGACUGGUUCUGGGCACCAAAUCUGAUAUUCUCCAAAAGGUUGAAGGAAUGGCAAAAGAAAUACAAGAAACACACAAAGAUAUAAACACAUUAAAACGUAAUAUGUCACAUGACAGACCUCCAAAUAUGCCAUUUUUCUAUCCUCCGAAUAGAUUACAAAACUUCAUAGGAAGAGACUUCGAGUUAAACGAACUGGAAACAAAUUUUGCAUCUAAUAAAGAAAAGGUCUAUACACAGGUCAUUUGCGGGCUGGGUGGAAUUGGAAAAACUACUACUGACUCUGAAUAUGCUUGGAGGAGUGCAGACUUUUACGAAGGGGGCAUAUUCUGGAUUGAUGCAGAAAAUAAUGAGUCAAUUGCGAAUUAUAUUCAGAAACUCGCUAUUGAUACCGGAACAACGGGGCAAAAUGCACAAGAAACGCUACACAAAACAACUAGAUGGUUAUCCAUGCUACAACAGAAGUGGCUUCUUGUUAUCGAUAACGUCGAUGCUGAUGAUAUAUCUGGCCUGAUAAGUGAACUACUUUUAGGGUCUUGGAAGCGGGAAUCUAAAGGACACUUGCUUAUUACAACUAGGCGUGAAUCUGCCGAGGCUGAGGAGGAUUUUCAAGUUUCUACAGAUUGCUGUCUAACAUUAGAAGUAUUCACACCUCAGGAGAGCAUCAACUUUAUGCAGAUUCGCAUAGGCCUCGAUGUCAAAAAUGAAUUGCCUUACGUUGAAAGUAUAAUUGAAGAACUUGGUGGUCUUCCAUUAGCAUUGGAACAAGCGGCAGCGCAUAUAAAGGGUUUAAAAAGGUUUGGGUGCUCCUUCAAAGAGUAUCUGGAGAAGUUCAAAAAGCAAAGGCUGAAGUUCCUGAAAGUCAGACAAAGAAGCAAAGCCCGUCUUGCUGUUCAAACAACUUGGGAACUGAACUUUGAAUAUGUCAAACAACACUCUGAUGAAAGUGGUGUUGGCGAUGCAGCUGUGGCACUUAUGUACAUUUCAGCGUUUUUAUUUGCAGAUGAUAUUCCACAAGCCUUGAUGAAUGUUGGCUCACCAGAAAAUGUAACUGAUGAAAAUUUGUGUGAAGUAUUAAAUGAUGAUAUUGGUCCUAAGCAAAUCAUGGAAAUUCUUACAAGGUUUUCAUUGUUUCAACAGAGAUACUCAGAUAGUGUUUCUGUCCACCGAUUGGUUCAAGAGAUUGUUAGAGAAAAGGUGAUGGAUCAGAUGAAUCAAAAAAAUACCCUACGGAAUGCAGCCAGAAUGAUUCACUUUGCACUUUCCCAUUGCAAAUCACCAGAGGAUGUAUUGAAAUCAGAUAGCAUUGAAAGGGGAUCCCUUGGAAUGUGGAAUAGAUUAGCUUUACAUGCAAAUGUACUUCAAACGUACAUUCUAAACUUCUCCAAAUUGAAUGCAGAUGAGCUUGAUGUGUGUUUCAAUUUGGAGACCGCCUUUUUGCUGCAAACGAGCGCUAUUUACCACAGCUUGUUUCAAAGACAGGAUGAAGCACUUGCUGCACAGGAUCAGAUGCUGAGUAUUCUAACUAACGACAGAAGUGACGUUCCGAAGAAGACAUGCAGGGAUUUGACGUUUGUAAAAAUACCUCUUCGGACAGACCAGAGGCUACUCUUAGAAAAUGCAACGUCAGCUGUAAUCACAGGCGAUGGUCAUCAAAAGGCGGAAAAUGAGCCGUUGAUUGCUAUUGAUGUGGAGAGUCUUCGUAUCAAAGGAAAUGAAGAGUUCAAUGAAAAACGUUAUCAGAAUGCCAUUCAGUUAUACACAGAGAUAGUGAGAAGCACCAAAAUGGACAAAAAGGUUGCGAAAAAUAUCCGAAAUGUGACGGAAAAGAAGGUUGUAGACACGAGCGAAAAGAAGAAUGCGCGAUACAAUUUAGAUAUUUAG